AUGCAACAGCCACCAAUCGACUUUCACGAGCAUCAUCCUGAACCAAAUGGAGUGUGUAACGGUUCUCUAAUGCCCUCUUGCAGUAAAGAUGGUCUUCAUGAAAGUGACGAGGACGAGGAAGUCUCACAGGUGUUCUCGAAGAUUCACUGUUUGAUCCCGAGUAAGUCACAAGUGCUGUAUUAUCUCUCAUCGUCCACGAACUUUCGAAUCGUUCGAUCAGGACCCGAUCUACAAGUCACCGAUCGAUCAUGUUUUCCACUGUUAGACAUUUGGCCUGAACGUGCGUGUUGUUCCGAAUUAUGGCUUGUCGAAUCAUACGGAAGCCAAGUUUUGAUGGUCGCUGACCGAUCAUCAAAUGGAUGGUCGCCGUUCAGACGGAACACAACUAAUGUGCAAACAGCCACCGAUUGGAAUGGUGACAUAGUUGGACACCUAUUGCCUGGGAACCCAUUUCUCAUCCAAAAUGCGAACAGGACAACUAUUGCGAGAUGUGUGACUGUUGAAUGUGGAGAGCCAAGUAAUCGGGACGAAUGGUCGUGUCUUCUUGAAGCCACCGGACGAGAGGCUGCCCGUUUAGACUCAGCCGGAAAUCUGUCAUUCACCUGCGAGGUUGGAUUUCAACUUAAACUGCUCAUUGUGAUUGCUUUGGCAAGAACAAGAGCUACACGGCCACCACAACCGAUGUGCUGGCCAUUUUGGUUUCAA